AAGACACUUGUAUAGUGGCCUUGUAUCAUAAUCUUUACGGUCGCACCCCUGCGCCCGUCACCGUUUGAAAGUCCACUCCCUCGCACGGUUCAAACGAGCCGAGACUUGUUUCUCAGUCCAUCGGCACACAACUGGGGCAGAAGGAACAGGAUCACAUCUGUAUAGCAUCAUCCUCACCAUCACACCUGCACACACACACACCUCUAGAACGGCAGCAAGAGCACCUGUACAACAGCAGCAUCACACCUUGUGUAGCAUCAUCACACCUGUACACACCUCUACAGCGGCCGCAGCAUCACAUCCGUAUCGCAUCAUCCCACCUGUACACACAACAUUCGCGUCGUCACCACACCUGUGCUACAGCGGCCGCAGCAUCACACCUGUAGCAGUAGCAGCAGCAGCAUCGUCACACCUGUCCCCAGUAGCAACAGCAGCAGGGGCAUCUCACCGGGCACCGAUGUCGUUCUCCUCUCACAGCGCUAGUGGCAGCUCCUCGCCACGCACGGCCACCACUCGCUCCUUCUCCUCCUCCAGCAGGAUGGCCUCAAGCAGGAGGAUGGCCACCAUCGCCUCCGCGUCCUCCAUGUCCUCCCUGCCCACCCUCAAGGGACUCCACGGGGACGAGAAGGCGGAGAUGCAGGGCCUCAACGGGCGGCUCGCCACCUACAUCGAGCGCGUUCGAUCCCUGGACGAGGCCAACCGCAGGACGGAGCUGCAGAUCAAGGAGUUGGUCGAGAAGCGACCCUCGGGCGCCGUGGAGCUGCGGCAGUACCACGAGGCCGCGCGCGAGCUGCGGGAGCAGAUUUUGAAAGCCACGAUGACCAACGCACGUCUGCACGUGGAGCUGGACAAUGGGCGCCUGGCUGCCGAGGAUUUCCGAGCUAAGUUGGAGUCGGAGGUUUCCAUCCACACCUCGGUGGAGUCGGACAUCACGAACCUGCGACGCGCCAUCGACGAGACCAAUGUGACGCGCAUGAGCCUGGAGGGACAGGUGGAGCAGCUGGAGGAGCAGAUCCUGCACAUGCAGAAGAGCCAUGCGGACGAGAAGAGUUCUCUGCUCAAGGAGAUCGAAGAGUCGAGCAUCUCGGUGGAGGUGGACAGCGUCAAGGGGCACAACCUCAACGACAUCAUCGCCGAGAUCAGGACUCAGUACGAGGCACUCAUCAAGAGUAACCUGCAGGAGAUGGAGGUCUGGUACAAGAGCAAGGUCGACGCGAUUCAUCCGCGCAUCUCGCAGAACUCGGAGGAGCUGGGCACCCUCAGGCAGCAGCUGUCGGAGCAGCGGCGCGCGAUGCAGGCCCUGUACGCCGAGGCGGAAACCCUGCGCAGCACGGUGUCAUCGCUGAACGAGGCAGCCCAGGACGUGGAGGCGCACAGCGCAGAGGGCCUGGCAGGCCUGGCGGGAUCGAUCUCCCGCCUGCUCUCCGAGCUGGGUUCGGCGCGCGGCGACAUCGACCGGCAGCUGCGCGAGCACGAGACUCUGCUCAACACCAAGAUGCGCCUCGAGGAGGAGAUCGAGACCUACAGGCGCCUGCUGGAGGGCCAGCACAGCCACUACGAGGAGCGGACGACCGUCCGGGUGACAAAGGAUGAAAAGGAGAAACCGAACAAGAUAACCAAGAAGAUGGUGAAGGUGGUGACGCAGGAGAUCAUAGACGGCCGCGUGGUGUCAGAGAGGUCGGAGACGCAGGACGUGCAGCUGACCAGCAGUGACAGCCAGUAGCGGUGACCGCUCAAGAGCAGCAAGGGGAGGCCGGGCGGCUCAACUGUCUGCAGAGCAUUGGGCCAUCACCUCCGAGAUCCCGGUUCUGCGUCUGGGUUUUGGUCACUCGUGAUUAAACCGGGUUUUCAGGUCUAGCUAAUUGACGGUUUUAGUGCAGUCACCAAUAACUGCUAAGAAAAAUGUAUGUUACAACACCAUCCCGUUGAGUUUGGUUUUCAAUGAAUGUGGCAAAAGUUCCAAAUUAGACGAUUGUUUUUUUGUUGGUUUGACUGAUACGCGAUGGACAUUUUUAGCGCAGUGCCAUGUGAGAAUGCACAGCCCCCCCUUAGCGCGUGGUUUAAAGAUGCAACGGGAAGGGAUCUCAGAAGAAUUUCUGCGACAUCUGCUUCCGAGGGCCAAUUCUCCGACACGGGAGGGGGGUAGGGGGGAUGCACUGCUCUGCGAAAGUUCCCAAUGGGCACUUCAAUUUACGACAUGUCAAGGGCACGUUUUCGAAUCAAACUGGUGAAAGUGGCCAACUGUGGGCCACUGGGAAUAAGGGCCAAUCAUGUUAAUGAUCAAAGCAUCUGGCCAAUUUAAUUGGUGGUGGUUGUUUUAUCUAGUAAACGUUUUUUAGGCAAUUGUAGGCAGCUAGUAUAAGGCUGGAGGUCAUCGAUAUUGUUUUGCAAUUAGGGUUACUUCUGGAAUAUUAACGAGUUGUUACAACUUAAGGCGUUACAAUAUUUUUACUCAACAUAGCACAUACCAGUAUCCUGCGAUGCACUGCUAUUCAUUACACAAUUGGUACAUGUUGGCAAAUAUAUACAAUUCAACCAACCUCAAAAAGUCAGUACCGUACAUAAAAGCCAUUAUGCAUUGCUGUGGAGAAUUAUGGGUAAAAGCAUGUGUAAGCAGAGGUCGGUGCUGUCACAUAUAUUCAUAUUUUAUUCCAUCAGGCUAUUACCAUUCCAGAUCAAUAUGAUACAGCCUGUUUGCUUAAACAAAUGCUGGUGAUAUUGGUCUUUAAAGCCAAAUAGCUAAUUGACCAAAACGUAUAUUUGCUUAGGAAAAAAAAUGCUUUGUAAUCAGUUUGUAAUCACAUCAGAAAAAAAUAAUGUUACUUUAUUAUAGUGUUAACAUCCGACUGUGACUUCGACUGCAAACUGAUGAAAGCUAAAUGCUGGGGUUUCAUGAGAGGCAUAUACUUAAUAGUGUGGUGUGUUUAUGAGUCAACAGAUGCAAUGUGAAAAGAUGCAAUGUGAAAAGAUACAAUGUGAAAAAAUAAAUGACGAUCCAUCAUCGUAAAAUGUAAUUUUAUUUCAGAACAUUUCGUUAUAUUAUUUUGUUGCCGUAACACAUUUGAGAUUUGCAGCGUGUUUUUACGCGUCCUAGUAAAAAUGAUUUGACCAAAUAAAGUAAUUGCGUCUCAAAAUAAUUGUUAGCUCCCGUUGUGGAGAAUAUAAAUAACAAAUAAAUAAGUAGACAAUGUCUACUUCGUGUAUCGGUCUUUCCACAUAAACAAAAUCUGAAGUAUUUCUUACAAAACCCAUCAGCCACACGGCCUUCUGAAAGUGGAUAAUCUCAGAAACUUUGAAACUGCUUGAAUCGCAUCAAUGCUGAAAUUACACACUCCCAGAAUGCCAAGCGGCUGACAGAUUAUGUAUUACUUUUAUUUUUUUAUGCGAGACAGAGGUACAAGAGACAGCUUUCUUAUUAUUAUUACAUCUGGCUAUUAUUGCUAUCUCAAACUUAUUAACGGUCUUUAUUUUUCCGACGACAAAUUUUAUGUAAGUCUGAAUUUAAAAACGCAUUUU